AGCUUAUCACUGCUUAUCGCAACUAUAAUUAAAUUAAAUAUUUCACAAUAUUUUCCAAUAAUAAAUAUAAAAUAUAAUAUUUUUUAUUAAAUUAACUUUUUAAAAUCCUGACUUUUAUAAUUGUGCCUUCGUUUGUGAAACGUUGGUGAAUUUCUAAAAAUCAUGUGACUGCUUUAUUUUAUUCCACAAUAAACAGUUUUACAAAGAAAUAAAGAAGACAACAUGAUUGAAUUACCUCGUAUUACACGAGCCCUAAGGGCGCAUACCCAGCUUGAUAAACCACGAUGUCUAAAACCAACUAGUAAUUCUACAUUGCCAGUGGUCAAGCCAAAAAAUCAUCACAAGUUCAAAUCAUAUGCAGACAUUUGUGACUACAUUAGAAAAAAUGAAUCGAAAUCAGAUGAAUUGUUGAAACUACUAAAGGAUUUGAAAGAGAGCUGUAGACAAUUAAGCAGUGACCAAUCAGAAGAGAUGACAGAUGAUGCUGCAGUUAUGACCUUAAGGAUGUUCAUGGAUCAUGAUAUUGUGAUGUUGAAACACUUGAAUCAGCUCAGACAAACUUUUGGCUCUGUUACUAAUGCAACUGCUAAUAAAAUCUGUGAGAUCGUGACAGCAAUAUCCAGCGAAAUAUUAGAUGAGACAAAAGAAUAUAUUAAAAAGGAAACAAUUGAAGCCGAUAAGGAAAAUAUCAAAUUAUGGGGUGAAAAUAUACAAUGUCAUUAUAUCCCAUACAAACCAGUAAAAAAACCAUUAGCAAAUCUAAUAAACAAACCAGCAGUGGCAGGUGUAUUUGUUAAUGAUUUCUCUAUGAAAUAUAAUAACAGUGUAGAGAAAGUGAAUAGUGUCUCUAAAGAAACUAAGGCUGCUCCUGUAUCGAAGUUUGGUAAAACCUGGCUAGAAGUAAAAGUAAAAGAACUGUAUACUAGGGAUAGUGGAAUAUCCAGUGCAGAUAUAUUACAAUCUAUCAUAACAUUUCUGAAUUCAACACGAUCUAAUGAUGAACUACAGAAUGAUCUCUUCGAGUUGUUGGGUUUUGAUAAGUUUGAAUUCAUUCUGGAAAUUUUGUCACAUAGACAAGAUAUAAUCGAUAGUUUGAAAGCGCCUCCUCCACAACCUACUCUGUCAGAACUUGCAGCAAAUCUUCCCGAAAAUAAAAUGCCUCAAUACUUGUGCCAAGUAUCAGUACUGUCUGAACAAGAGAAGAUGCUUGCCAAAUUAGUGAGAAAGGGAGAGAAGAAAGCAAGAAAUAACAAGAGAAAUGAUGAUGAAGAUGAUGAACCAGAAAUCAAUGUAGCACAAAUGAGAGCUCGAAGAAUAGCUGAACUGUCAAAACCGGUGGUACCAUUUUCUACAUCGAAAUCUUCAAAUAAUACAGAUCCCAUUCUACAGAAAAUAUCCUAUUUUCAAACUAAAGUUCAAUAUCCAAAUGUGUAUGACUCGUCUAUAGAUGCAAAAAAUGCAGCUGGUUUUGUAUCAGGACUGAAAUUAAUGUUGCCUGAAAAUGCUGUUAGAAAAGACUUGAAAGAGUACGAAGAGGUUAUUAUACCGAAAAAUGAUCCACCGCCUUUGCAAAUAGGAAAUAAACGUGUUCCUAUAUCUGAUUUGGACGAGAUAGGACAAAUGGCAUUUGAAAAUAUAAAGGAGUUGAAUCGAAUACAAUCAGUGGUAUUUCAAACAGCGUACAACACAAAUGAAAACUUACUAAUUUGUGCCCCGACGGGAGCGGGUAAAACUAACAUAGCACUGCUGACAGUUGUGCAUCAGAUCAAACAACAUAUUGAGAAUGAUGUUAUUAUGAAGAAUAAGUUUAAGAUUAUAUACAUUGCACCGAUGAAAGCCCUCGCGUCCGAAAUGACGGCCAGCUUCGGACGCCGGCUUCGCGGUCUCGGCAUCGCCGUCCGAGAAUUGACUGGCGACAUGAAACUUACUAAGAGCGAGGUCCAGCAGACCCAAAUGAUAGUCACCACACCAGAGAAAUGGGACGUCGUCACUAGGAAAGGAGCCACGGAUACGGAACUCGCAUCGAUAGUGAAGUUGAUAAUCAUAGAUGAAGUCCACCUGUUACACGGCGACAGGGGGCCCAUAGUGGAAGCAAUAGUCGCCCGAACGCUCAGGCAGGUCGAAUCGACGCAAAACAUGAUCCGCAUCGUCGGCUUGUCCGCUACGUUGCCGAAUUACCUUGAUGUUGCCAGAUUUCUACGUGUGAAUCCAAACAUCGGAUUGUUCUUCUUCGACUCGCGUUUUCGUCCCGUACCAUUGGAACAACAAUUUAUUGGCGUCAAAGAAGUCGGCAGCGGCGGCGGUGCACAUCUCAGACAAAUACAAAUAAUGAACGAAAUAUGCUACGACAAAGCUGUCGAUAUGGUACAAAAAGGUCACCAAGUGAUGGUGUUUGUACACGCUCGCAACGCCACCCACCAAACUGCCAUGAUACUGAAGGAAUUAGCCCAAAAAAAAGGCCAUUUGAAACACUUCGAGCCCGAGGACUCAGGAGGCUUCUUGAAGGCUAAAAAAUCAAUAUCUACCAGUCCCAACAAACAAUUGGCAGAGUUAUUUGCAAGUGGAUUUGCGUGUCACCACGCGGGGAUGUUGAGAAGUGACAGGAACAUGGUUGAGAAGUAUUUUGCUGAAGGUUACAUAAAAGUUUUGGUGUGUACUUCGACACUAGCUUGGGGUGUCAACUUGCCCGCUCAUGCCGUUAUAAUUAGGGGCACAGAAAUCUAUGACCAGAGUCACGGAACAUUCGUAGAUUUGAGCAUUCUGGACGUACUGCAGAUAUUCGGUCGCGCUGGCCGACCACAGUUCGACAACUCAGGAACAGGCAUCAUCAUCACUACGCAUGAUAAAUUGACGCAUUACUUAAAGUCGAUGACGAAUCAGUUCCCUAUAGAGAGCAACUUUAUCAACCUGCUAGCAGAUAAUUUAAAUGCCGAGGUUGCACUUGGUACAGUUACUAAUAUAGACGAAGCAGUUGAAUGGCUCAGUUACACGUACCUCUUCGUGCGAAUGAGAAUUAAUCCUCAGGUGUAUGGUCUAACAUACAACGACGUACAAGAUGAGCCAAUGUUAGAAACAAAAAGACGUGAAUUGAUCACCGCGGCCGCUAUGCAGCUCGACAAAACGCACAUGAUACGUUACAACGAGCGCACUGGGGACUUAAACGUAACUGACCUGGGACGUACUGCCAGCCACUACUACAUAACUUGCGAGACGAUGGAAGUGUUCAACUCUAUGGUCCGAAAAUCUAUGACGCAGGCGUAUGUACUAGAAAUGCUCACGCGUUGUUCCGACUUCCAACAAUUGAAGGUGAGGAAAGAAGAGUUAACAGAACUGUGGAGCCUCAAAGACCAAUACUGCGAACUGCGUAUUGAUGACCCUCCCGAAGACAUACACUGGAAAAUCAACAUAUUGCUGCAGACAUAUCUCUCACGUGGACGGGUCAAUGGCUCCUCGUUGCAAUCUGAUUUGAACUAUAUCAGUCAGAAUGCAGUACGUAUAAUUCGCGCACUAUUUGAAAUAACACUCCGCAAAAACAACGCAUAUAUGGCCGCCCUAUACCUCAAGAUGGCGAAGAUGUUGGAACUACAACAGUGGGACUUCUACAGUGAUAUGAGACAGUUCAAUUGUUUCACUAUUGAGACGCUCAAACACAUCGAGUAUCCAAUGUUAAAGCCGGAUCAAAUUAGGGAUAUGGACUGGAAGGAAGUAGGUGACUUGAUACGGAACCCUAAAAACGCUAGACACCUAAAGAAAUGUGCCGACGAGUUCCCGCUACUCGAAAUGGAGGCGAGUCUACAUCCGAUAACAAGAACAGUUCUCAGGAUUCGACUAACUAUUAUACCUAAUUUCAAGUGGAACGAUAAAUACCACGGCAAAGCACCGGAGGCUUUUUGGAUAUGGGUAGAAGACCCCGACACCGACAUAAUGUAUUACCACGAAUACUUCCUUAUAACUAAGAAGCAGGUAGUCACCAAAGAGCCACAGGAACUGAUCAUCACAAUCCCGAUUUCUGAACCUCUCCCUCCUCAAUACUACAUCAGAGCUACUUCAGAAAGGUGGCUAGGAUCAGAAAGUGUUUUACCAUUAACAUUCCAGCAUUUGAUACUACCUGAAACACAUCCACCUCACACGGACUUGCUGGAACUCCAACCUCUGCCUGUGACAGCACUAAACAACCCAUCGUUCGAGAUGCUAUACAACUUCAGCCACUUCAACCCCAUACAGACGCAGAUAUUCCACUGUUUAUACCAUACAGACAACAAUGUGCUGUUAGGCGCGCCCACUGGCUCCGGCAAGACGAUUGUCGCUGAAGUGGCUAUGUUCAGGGUGUUCAACGAGUACCCUGGGUGCAAGGUUGUUUACAUAGCACCGUUAAAGGCACUAGUCAAGGAGCGAAUUAAAGACUGGAAAAUACGACUCGAAGAGAAACUAGGCAGGAAAGUCGUCGAACUAACAGGUGACGUCUCGCCUGACAUUCGAUCGAUAAAGAGCGCACAUGUCAUAGUGACGACACCUGAAAAGUGGGACGGCAUCAGCCGCUCGUGGCAAACCAGGAAUUACGUCAGGGACGUGGCGCUGAUCGUCAUCGACGAGAUACAUCUUCUCGGAGAGGACCGGGGUCCCGUCUUGGAGGUUAUCGUGUCUAGAACGAAUUUCAUCGAAUCUCACACGUCCCGGCGUCUGCGUAUCAUAGGCCUGUCGACGGCGCUAGCCAAUGCUAAAGACCUCGCCAACUGGCUGAACAUCGGUGAAAUGGGACUCUACAAUUUUAGGCCUUCUGUGCGACCCGUACCUUUGGAGGUGCACAUAUCAGGUCACCCGGGGCGGCACUACUGCCCGCGCAUGUUGUCCAUGAACAAGCCCACGUUCCACGCCAUCCGCCAGCACUCGCCCGCCGCGCCCGCCCUCGUCUUCGUCUCCAGCCGACGGCAGACCAGAUUAACAGCCCUCGAUCUAAUCGCGUAUCUAGCGGCCGAAGAAAACCCCAAACAGUGGCUGCACAUGCAAGAAUCGGAAAUGGAGCAAAUUUUAUCCAACAUCCGGGAAUCGAACCUGAAACUGACGCUCGCGUUCGGUAUUGGCAUACACCACGCUGGCCUGCACGAGAGAGACAGGAACACUGUUGAGGAGCUGUUUAUUAAUCAGAAAAUACAGGUCCUGAUCUGCACAGCGACGCUUGCCUGGGGCGUCAACUUCCCCGCGCACUUGGUCGUUAUCAAGGGCACAGAAUAUUAUGACGGCAAGUCGCGACGCUACGUCGACAUGCCCAUCACUGAUGUACUGCAGAUGAUGGGCAGAGCUGGCAGGCCACAGUAUGACAACGAAGGAGUGGCUGUCGUACUAGUUCACGACCAGAAGAAAAAUUUCUACAAGAAGUUCCUGUACGAACCUUUCCCUGUUGAAUCCAGCUUGUUGGAAGUGCUUGCGGACCACUUGAAUGCCGAGAUUGUUGCGGGCACAGUACAAACGAAACAGGACAUCCUCGACUACAUGACGUGGACGUAUUUCUUCCGGCGAUUGCUGAAGAACCCGUCGUACUACAACUUAGAGAGCUUGGAGCCUCAGGACGUGAACCGCUACCUGUCCAACUUGGUGCAAACCAGCAUCGACGCGCUCGUACAAGCCUACUGCGUUGAGAUUGAAGAGGACGAGCGUACAGUGCACAGCACGUGGAUGGGCCGCAUCGCCUCCUACUAUUACCUCUCGCACCGCACCAUGGAACAUUUCACUUCGCAACUGGCGCCCACUCUGCACGUCGACAGUCUACUCAGAGUGCUGGCAGACUCGUACGAGUAUGCCACGCUACCGGUCCGCCAUAACGAGGACGUACUUAAUGGUGAACUAUCGCAGCAACUUCGCCUACCUGUGGACCCUCUGUCGCUAGAUUCGUCCAACGUGAAAGCAUUCCUACUUCUACAGGCGCAUAUGACACGCGUCCCGCUACCAAACACAGACUACCUGACUGAUACUAAGUCAGUGCUCGAUCAAACCAUACGAAUAUUACAAGCAAUGAUUGACACGUCAGCAGAAAACGGCUGGUUGUCUGUCUGUCUGUCCUGUCAGAUGCUAAUGCAGAGCAUCGUACAAGCGCGGUGGCCAACCGACUCACCCCUCACCACAUUGCCCCAUAUCGACUCGCACCACUUAUAUAUGUUCACACAUAUGACCAAAGACACAAACAAGCCUUGCACGUUGUUGAAUGGACUCAAAGUGGUCUGCAUGAGGAACUAUGAGCUUCUAGCCAAAUACUUGAGAAGAGAAUUCGAGGAAGGUCAAAUUGAGCAAAUACAUAGGGCAAUUUGCGACCUUCCUACAUUAGACAUAAAGUUAUCAGUCCGCGGUAUUUGGUACGACGGUGACUGCGAACAAGAUAAGCGGCUCCCGCAAGCACCCGGAAAGGACAAGUGGUUACCAUUGCAUGCUGACCAGGAGUACACGUUGUUAAUCGAAAUGCAACGCCGCGGUGGCAACCCUAACAAUGUGCUGUGUCCACGCUUCCCGCGCGGCAAGAACGAGGGAUGGAUACUGACGCUCGGCUGCCGCGACCGCGGGGAACUACUUGCACUCAAGCGAACACCCGCCGCCCGCGCCACACACACUACCCAUCUUGCUUUCUACACGCCCCUACACAGAGGUCGAGUGAUUUACACGAUAUACAUAAUGAGUGACAGCUAUAUGGGACUGGAUCAACAGUAUGAUCUACAAUUUGAAGUGAUGGAUCCACUGCCUCAAGAGAAAGUCGACAAAGCAUAUAACACAAUUGAUAAGACUUCAUUGGAGUGAAUCAUUACGUAUAAAUAAAUUGUUUUUACUGUUGUU